AUGUCGGUCGCUACUGUAAUUUUAUUUUGGUCGAUCUAUUUGUUAAAUCCUGAGAAUAUGGUGCCCAAAGGAUUUUAUUAUCCAGAUGGAUUGAAUCAUAUUCAUCACACUCUACCUCUGGUCAUUGUGUUAAUUGAAAUGAUAGUGGUUCGAUCGCGAACUGAUUUACUUGAUGGUUUUUGGACACGAAAGUUUUAUUUGAUUUGUGUUGUUCCUGUCAUUUACUUGUCUCUCACAGGUUUGACACGCUAUCUGAAAGGCACUUUUCCUUACCCAUUUAUGCAAGCUUGGGGAGUUGUUGAAUUCACCAUAUUCUAUGUUUUCGCCACCACUCUUGCCAUUUUCAUGCAUUAUGUUGUUUAUUGGUUUGUGAAUGCAGUUAAAAAGCUUCCCUCAAAGAAAUUGGAUUAG